AGGGCUGAGCUCUGCCUGUCAGGGGGGAGCCAGACUUCACAGACACUUCGUCUUCACCACGUUCACACGCUUCUCAUCCACCAGCGGCUUUCAUUACAGUUUCCUCUUGUUGCGUUGAAAAGAAAGUUCCUGAGGAUGAAAGUGUUCCUGCUCCUGAUCGUCUCCUGCCUGGCCUUACACCAAGGGGAAGGAGCACCGAAAAGCUACGUCUACAAGUUUUUGAAAUGUAACCCUGAUGGCAACCAGGCCAACUGUGUGACUCAAGAGACUCCAGUGAGGCCAUGGAGGGCAGACCUGCCGGACAAACUGCCCUCUUCAAGCGCACAGUACCUAGAGGCAGUCCCUGUUGAGGAUGAACGUCCUCCAAGAGAGGAGGGAGAGGGGGAACGGCCAGUGAUCAGUGGGGAGUCACCUGAGCCUGAAGAAGGUUCUGCAGGUUAUGAAGGCUCUGCGUCUGAAUGGCCCUUCAUAGCUGACCGGGCGUUUGCGAGUGCUGAAAGUGAGACAGGCUCUGGAGAGUCCUGGACAAAGAGCGACAUGGACCUAUACAAAGUUGGAGAUAAGAGGGGCAUGAGAUGGUUGAUGCCCAGCAGGUCUGUGGUUGGUGAAGCAAAACCAGAAGAGCAGGAGUUGAGAGAGGACCACCUUCUGCAGCUGUAGGCUGGACACCCACCCUCUCACAGGCACACACAUAAACACAAGGAUAGUGUCUAUUUCAUUUCCAUCUUAUCCAUUCAAAUCACAAAGUGAAUAUUGCCUCGCCUCCUGGUGGUGGAGAAACUCUGUUGCUCAGAGGCUGAUUUAGACUGAUGAUCUCUUUUCAUUCCCAGUACUGUUGAUGGUAAUUAUUCUCCUCAGCAAUGUAUCUGCCAUCAAUUGGCAGUGGCCAAUGUUUGUGCUUUCUUGUGAAAGAUGUGUGAGUUUGAAAAUGCUUUUUAAUAAAAAAAUUUAAAUAUGAUAUCAAACAAGUGUAAUACCAGUGCAAUAAGAUGGCACCUUAGUCGAUGACUUUAGUCUAUGCAAAUAUGGUUCAAAGGGCUAUUUAUAUAAUAUCAUCCCAUUCGUGUCAAAUGUUGUGACACUUACCUGUUUUGUAGCUUUUCCUGGGAACUCCUGGUCUGCAAAGUUGAAUGAGAUAAUUGUGCAAACCAAAACCCCUCAGGAAUGAAUUUUCGCAAUCUUAACCACUGUGAUCUGGAACAUAUUCAAAAUAUGUAUUAUGUAUGCGUUCCAACACGCUCUGUGUUGUCUAAUAUGCAUUUGAAAUUCUUCUAUUAAUAAAGGAUUUACAACAAC